AUGCCUGUAUGCCGUUUCAGCCGGAGGAUUGUUCGCCUCUUGGAGGACCACAGAAUCUUGUAUGGCUCAUUUAACGUCCUCUCUGAUGAGGAUAUACGCCAGGGAUUGAAAUUGUUUGGCGACUGGCCUACAUUUCCACAGCUCUGGGUCAAUGGUGAGCUGGUAGGUGGACUGGAUAUCGUACGAGAGGAGUUCAAUACUAAACCCGGCUAUUUGACUGAGUAUACCGUGGAGGACAAUGUCGCUUUCAAGCAUGCUAAAGCUGGAAUUCAUCUCAAUAUAUCUCUGCAAGACCUACUCCUUACCGAGGUUCAUGCACAGUAA